AUGACUCUAUCCAGCCUCCGACCGGCUCUCAGGAGCAGUGCUGUCACAUGCCGAACCGCUUCCGUACGCGCUUUCUCGGCGAGGACAGCUCUUCAACAAGAAAUAAGAGACGCCUAUAUUCUGAGUGCUUCCAGAACGCCGACUGCUAAAUUCAAUGGCGCCUUCCUCACCGUUCCAGCACCAAAGCUCGGUGCGGUAGCUAUCAAGUCUGCCAUCGACAAGUCCGGCGUGCCAAUUUCCAAGAUCACAGACGUUUACAUGGGAAACGUUCUGCAGGCCUCGGUUGGCCAGAGUCCCGCAAGACAGGCCGCCGUAUUCGCGGGUCUCCCACCCAGCGUCGAGGCCGUCACCAUUAACAAGGUCUGCGCGUCGGGUCUGAAAUCGGUUGUGUUCGCUGCGCAAAACAUCCAGCUCGGCCUUGCAGAGGCACAGGUUGCGGGCGGUAUGGAAAACAUGUCACAAGUGCCCUACUACGUGCCGCGGGCAAGCUCGCUGCCGGCCUUUGGCCAUGUUAAGAUGGAGGAUGGCCUGAUCAAGGACGGUCUCACAGAUGUCUAUGACCAGAUACACAUGGGAAAUUGUGCUGAGAACACAGCAAAGAAAUACGAGCUCACCAGGGAGGAUCAGGACCAGUAUGCCAUUCAGUCCUACGAACGGGCGCAAGCCGCCUGGAAUGCCAACGCAUUUGCCGACGAGAUUGUGCCGGUCACUGUCAAGGGGAGGAAGGGCGAAACCAUUAUCGAUACGGACGAAGGUUACAAGGACAUCAAGCUUGAAAAGAUCCCAACUUUGAAGCCUGCAUUCAUCAGAGACGGAACUGGCACAGUCACAGCUGCGAAUGCCUCGACACUCAAUGACGGUGCAAGUGCCUUGGUACUUGGCAGCAAGGCCAUUGCACAGGAGUUCGGAUCUGGCUCAAGAGUCCUGGCGAGGAUAUGCGGGUCUGCUGAUGCUGCAACGGAUCCAAUUGACUUUCCUGUUGCGCCGGCCAAGGCGGUUCCCAUCGCUCUUGAGAGGGCUGGCAUAACGAAGGACCAGGUGGCCAUCUGGGAGUUCAAUGAGGCCUUCGCAGCCGUCAUCAAGGCCAAUGAAAAGCUCAAGCCUGGUGAGUACGGUGUUGCAGCGAUCUGCAACGGGGGUGGUGCAGCCACAGCGGUUGUCGUGCAACGCAUCGAGUCCGUAUAA